UUUAGGAGGGAUAUGUGGAAAAUUCACAACAAAGUUACUAGUCAGUUUUCAGCUUUGGACUUUGAGGGAAUUACUAAGCGAAAUUGCCGGAUAAAUUAUUUUAAAUUUUAGUGAAAAAGUUAUUUGUUGAAUUGUUGAGUUUAUUACUGUGCCAGGAGUUUGUUUAUUGUCUUUCCUGUGGAAUUGUUUAGCAUGACCAAGUGGAGUUUUCCGCUUGAUUAGUGAUUCUUGUGUGCAAAUUUUCAUGAAUUUUUCAUCAAAUUGAUCGAGUAUUUUUCCUGGUCCCCCGGAGGAAUCGCAAUGGUGCGGGUGCUUUCGGUGUAUCAAUUUGAGGAGGGGAGCGAAUUGACCAUUGCGGAUGACAUUAAUGCCUCCUGCCUCGUGCCUCCGGAUCGGAUUGCCCUUGCCACUUCUGGCCUCGAUGUGGAGAUACGCAGCCUUGCUAAUGAUAGCACAAAGGACUUCUUCACAUUUCCCGCUGUGGAUGAAAUUGAGGAGAUUCACUACUGCAGAAAUGGGAACUACUUGUUGAUGAUUGAGAGCAAGAACGACAAUCGCAACAUAAAGUGGCGAAUUGUUCGUAUCUACUGCAACUGGGAUGCAGAUCCUGGGCACAAAUCAAAGUCAAUGGCAAUCCUAAGGGCGAGAAUUGCCGGCAAAGUGACUCCCUCUGAUAAAUACAUAAAUUCUGAGGAUGUGGAAAUGAUUGAGUUGCCCCUGAAGACUCAGCCACGUUGCGUGGCAUGUUGUCAGGUGACGGGAAAUAUUGCCAUUGUGGCGGGAAAUAAGGUGCUCUUCUAUCAGUUUAAAUCCUGCAAAACGGACACGGGCAGGCACAAUUACAUUGACUUUGUCGAGGUUCCAUUCUUCGUGGAGCUAAGUUUCUCACCUCAGAAGAUUUCAUUGGCUGAGGGAGUUGUCGCGUGCAUGAAUGACUUCACCUUCAAUCUCUUCAAAAUCACUGAAGUUUAUGAGCCGAGUAUCAGUGUUGAUAUCUCUGAUGAGAGCUUCUCUUCGGAUGCCAGUGGAUCCCUCAGGAUCAACACCAAGGACACUCUGGACUUCCGCACAAUCUGCAAGCAUAGCACGAUCAAUAGGCAGAAGUUUAGAGUUGAUGUUGGGAGUGAUUGUGAUGAAAAUGGGACCAAUAUUGGUGAUAUCCGUCCUGAAAUAGUUCACGAUAUGCUCAUCAUUCUGAGAUCCCUGCAGGACUCUGAAACGCUCUCGAAGUACACGAUCAAGCCUUUGCUACAGCUGCGGCUUCCUUGUCCAGUUUCCCAAAAGCCCAUCUUCGACUCCUUCAAGAGCAUGUCCAUCAACCCUUUGUACAUGCGGAGGGAAAUGUGUCCGGAAAAGAACUGUGAGAACAUUUUCGGCUCGAAGUAUUCCCGCAACUUUGUAAGUGUAGCUCUUGUGGUGGCUACUCAACAAGAUGGAUAUCUCUAUCAGUUCUAUAACAAUGAUGAAUGGCGCCAGAACACCGACAUUCUCGCUUCCUACUCCUUCACAGCCCCAAUUGUUGACCUCGUUCUCAAAGAUUCUGUCCUUCAUGUCCUCACGGAAACCGGUGUUGAGACCUACACCCUCCGGAUUGGUCAGAAAAUUUUCUACAGUCCCUGCGAAUACUUCCUCAACUACUCAACUACUCUCGAUGUCAUCGGACCAAAUUUUAAUGAUCCCAUUUGUUUACUCGGACUCCAUUCGAUACCAGCAACUGAGAAAAUCCUCUCCUCCCAUGGGAAUCUUAUAAUCUUCUCAAAGGACCGAAGGACCAAUUCUUCUUGGAAAGUCAAACUCCUCCAGGAGCCACGAACUGAGAUUCUCUACAGAAAUAUUGAAGGAUAUGCCCUUAAGCAUAGAGCUGAGAAUCCCAAAGUUUUCCUGCAUCUCAUGGGAGAGAUUCACAUAAUGAUCCGCACAGCCAAUGAAUUGGCCAGAGUGGCUCCCCUCGAGAAGAUGAAGAAUCAAGUUCCUCUGACAGUGUUCUCCGAUCAGGGAGAUAAAGAAGUUGAGAAUUUGUUUCUUGAAUCCUGCAGAACACUCGCGGAUUUCUUUGUCUUGUCAGCCAAUGAGGAGGAAUACUACAUGGCUCUGCCAUACUACUUGAUGGGGAAGCUUUCAGUGGCUGACAUCUUCAACAGAUGCAUUCAGUUUGAGCAGCUAGGAGUUUAUUCCAUGGGAGGGAUAAUUUACACCCUUAAGCAAUUAUUCCUACGCCUGCAACCAGGCUCAGAAGAGAUGACCUUCAUCUCCACCAGUAUGGUGAGAUCAACUUCAAUGCCGGACAAUAAUAAUGGCAAUGAGAUGCGUCUGGAUCGAGAUGGAGGCUUCAUGAAGAUCCUCUUCGAUCUGCUGCUCAAGUACGCUCCUAGAGACAUAACUUCUAUCGCUUUGCAAUCGAGCACCUUCCUCAAUCGCAUGGGUGACCAUAUCCUGGAUUUCCUCGAAGGUUGUCCGGAGAAGACUAAUGAGGAGAAACUCUGCGUGGCUCUGCAGUUGGUGAGGAAGAAACGAGCCUCUGUGGCCAGAAACCUGAUAGAAUCUAUCGAUCCUGGGAGUUUGUUGGCGAUUCUCAGCAAGAACUGGACCAUCUUGUUUGAGACAUCGAUGAAUCACAAGAACGGACAUUCAAUUGUGAUUUUCUCUGAAUUUACUGAACAUUGUCUGCUGAUGUCGCAACUGGACACCAUUCAGCGACUCACAGCUUCGGUUCUGAAGUAUUUGCUAGUUAAUCUGCAAGUACUACCCUUUGAGGUGCUCCUUAAAAUGCUCAUUGACUUCACAUCGCUCAGAAUUGGCUUUGCCGGAAGUGACAUUGGGAAGAACAUCCUCAUGCUAACCCUGGAGCUGUAUUUGAUGGAUUACGCUGAACAGAAGAAACUCUGUGCAGAUCAGUCAGAAUCCACAGAUUCUGCCUCAUUCAUCGUCACAACAUCCACCAUCAGCAAUGCCACACGAAGUGGCCAGAAUCAAGAAAGCUCCCGCAAAAUGUCCUCCUCCAUGGCUUCAGAUGUGGACACAGCUCUCUCAAUCUUCGGCUCAACGGCAACAGGGAAAGCUUUGAAGAUUCUUGUAAGGUCACAUUUGGGCUUCCUGAGCAGCCAAAGUGGCACUCAGAAGAAGGAUUCAGACUCCAAGGAAGCAUCAGUUGCAGACUUUGAAAUCCCUGAAAAGGAAAUUGAUGCGCUGUUUGAGAGUCUCAAGAAAACUCAAGAGAUUCUCAAGGAAAAAUGCGGAGCUGCUGUUGAUGAGCCGAUUCUGUUCAUGGACAAGCGAUGGAACUACCUGAAUCUCAUGCCACCGCUUCAAGCUAAUUUCCUGGACUACCUUGUUAAGCCCAAAAGGGAGGAUAUUCAGGAAAACCCGAUGGAAUUGGACACGAACGUUGCUUGUUUGAAAUUGCAGGCCCUUCUGGCGAGCGGAGAACUCCCUGAAGAGACUAUGAACGAGGUAUCUCAGUUCAUCUGCUCCCAUCCAAAUCUCAUUGGAAUUGAGAGCAUAAUAUCUUGCUUGCUGCACGUCCCCGAGUGCACAGAGUUCCUCGUGAAUGUUUGUCCUCAGUGCGUGCUGGAAUUUGGGAAGGAUCGCUUUAGUCGAAACGAAGACUGGGCUUUCCUCAUCAACUGCCUUCAGGUACAGACAUCUCGAGCUGGAGACGCUACAGAAUCCAAUGGUGGACUUCUUCUCUUCUACCAUCGGCUCCUCAAGGAAGUUCUCGAGUACAUAGCAAAUACCAAGCCCCUGGAGACAGUCAUGAAGAUCUUCCCUGAGCACGAGAUCACUCAAAUUCCCGACAAUGUGGCCGGGAAGACGCAUCCAGGGCAUCAUCCGCAUGAGCAGAGUGCCUUCAUCCAGUACAUCAGGGUGUCGGUGGAGAAGGAACGAGCCAGGAAGCUGAAGCAAGUGAUUGUGGCCAAGAGCAACACUUUGAGCGCCAAAUUGCAUUUGUAAAGUGGCGUGAAAAAUUUUUUCUAUAGCACAAAUUGUAGAUGAAUUGAUGUUAAUGUUUUUUGGUUACAUUUUUUGGACAAAUUCUAUCCCGUAAUUAUGGAUUUUCCAAUAGAGGAAAAUGUUGAGAGGAAAAUUAAUAAAUCAAAAAUCCAGUGA